AUGGAAGUAGAAGGAAUAGAUCCCGAAUUGGAUCCCCUCACCGAAGAAGGUCGAGUUGACAUUAACGACGACGAAUAUGAGUCUUUGCUUCCUGAAGCGGAUAAACCGGGCUUUUUUGAUAAAUUAAAGCGUAAAUUUGGUGAAAGUAGGGCUCGCGGCGCUUUAAACUCCCUUGCUGACAUGUUCAAGCGUAAGAACCCAGGCAAAUCACUUCCGUCUUACAUGCAAAUGAAGGACUUAGAACCGGUUCCUGAAGCCCCCGGCGCCCAAUGGCUUAGCAAAAUCCAGGAGCAAAUGGAUGAAUCCAUGGAAAAGGAACAACCGGACGACUUUGAUAGGCUGAUGGACUUAUUUCCCGAUUGGGAGCCUAGCAAUGCGAUAAUGGUAUUCGACGGUAGCAACGAAUGGGGUAAAGAAGUAAUCCUGGGUAGACUUCCAAGGAGCGGCUCUAAGAUUUACGUGAUUAGGGAUGAAAGGGGGAGAUUCUCUGCUUACCCCGAUAUUCCCAAGACGUUGGAUCGAGCCAUCGGAAAGCCAAAUUUAGCAGUACAAGAGCAAAUGACCGAAGACCAAGUAAGCGCCCGCAAACAAAGAUUCUUCGCCGCCCUUUCAAAGCUGCCGCCUGAAGCAGGUGGAAAGACAGAAGACCAAAAGGUCAUGCAACUUCAGGCCGCAAAGGAAGAAAUCGAAAGCCUAUCUGCGGAAGUAGAAAAGCAAAACUGGGAAAUUGAAAACCUGGAACAAGAAAAGAUCGCGUCCAUAGCCUCCCUUAAGAGGGAAAAGGACGCGGAAAUAAAAAGGCUCGUAGAUAAAAUCAAAAACAUUACGUCUGGUCGCGAGGAAGCCGAGGAACUACAAGCCGUAAAGGAGGAAUUGCAAGUUGCAAAGGAGGAAAAGGCUGCAUUAGAAAAAAGAUACGAGGGCGCCAUGAAAGAACUCGGCGAGGCUAAAGCAGACCGAAGUGGAACGUUUCAGGCUCUUCAGGACGCCAUAGCGGGCUUAGACGAAAAGGACGAGGAACUCAUGAAUUCCGCUAACGCCCUAAUGGAAGUCGAACGACGCAGAAUGCAGUUGUCAAACGAAAUUGCUCGCAAAGACGAGCAAAUUCGGCAAUUGAGUGGCGCUGUCGAAGACUUAGAACAUCACGCCAACGUGCAGCGGGAAAUAAUAGCUGACCAAACGCGCCCCGAAGAAGAGCGGGCAGCUGCAGAAAGGGAAUUGGAAACCACCCUAGAAAGACUCGAAGAGGCAAAGACGAAGCUCGCUACCGCGGAAAGGGAGCGGGGGCUUACCACCAAGGAAAAGGUAAAAAGAGCUCUGGUGAAGUAUGGGGUGCCACUGGCAUUCGCGGUUGGUAUUGCAGGCGCAGUCGCGGCUAUCAUGAAUGCGCUUAAGGCAACAGGCGCAGGCGUUAAGGGUUUGGUUGCCCAAAGUGUACAGAAAAAGGAGCAAAAAUUCGAUGGCGUGUUACUGACUUUAGAGCAAUACAAGGCGCACGUGCAAAAUAAAGAAAUGGAAAAUGCCCAGGUUUUCUCCAAGGUGUCAGCUAUGAUCGAUCCGACCAAACUUAGCCUAACGAUGCAAGAAACUCAGGUUCUACUGAAAGAAAUUCGAGAUAAGACUAAAGUGGACAUUGCCCAGCCCCAGAAUAAAAGUUAUGUGUUUAUUYUAACGGGUUCUUUCCAGCAAAURCAGGAAUCUUAUAGUUUACUUCGGAAUCGUCUGUUUAAGAGCGCUGUUUGCAAUGGUAAUGAUAGCAAACACGGGGAAAAGGCCUCGAUUGGUAAAAAUAUACCAAAACGAUUGCAAAAUGGAACUGAAUGUCACAUGAAUGGUGAAGAAGAACUUGAACUUCCUUCGAUGAAGGGUGAGGCAAAAACUGCAUCCAAAAAAGUCAAUGACAGAGCAACAACUACCUCUAGUCAAUUCUCUAAGACCUCUAAAGAAUCCAGCACUUCAAAGAAGGAAGGUUCUUCCCAUGAUUCAAAUCAGAAGAAGACAGAGAAAAUUUUCCUUACAGAAAAUACUAUGUCAUCAAAACCUUCAGUACAGUAUCCAAGCCCAUCCGGCACAAAAAUUUUUCCAAAUGGGGAAAUAAGUGGCCCUAAAGAUAUARAUAGCUUGUUGUCCGGAGGAAAAGACAACAGUGAAAUCUUAUGCAGCCCACUGACGAGGAAAAGUAGCGUCAGUAGCAAAGAUGUGACAGUAGACAACACCCAUAARAUUGAAAUUUCCAGCAAAGUAUGGAAUGUUUUCGUAAAGAUUCAUGAAAAACAGCUGCAAAGUAUUACGUCUAAUUUUUCAGUCCAAAUAGAGCCUGAAGAUAACCACUCUWUGGCUAUWAUAAAACCCUCAGGAGAAUGUACCACGGWCAAGUUGAAAAUUGCAACUGAAAAGCUGAAGGGAUUGUAUGAAGAAGCCAGGAGUAAAAUGAAGUUGGUACGUUUUGUUUUGGCCRAUCCUGAMAACAAAGAAMACAWCAGCAAUCUGCGAAAGACUGUCCUUCAAGUCARKAAAGACUUUCCUGUUUUUCUGGAGAGAGCAGAGGAUAGGCAAAGCUGGGAGAUUUUUGGUGAAGACAGUCAAGUCGAGAAAGGGAUGAAAUUGCUGGAAGAAAAUGUCAAACUGGAAAGGAAGGAGCAGAAUGUAGACGAUGAGACAAUGGAGGAGGCUGRUUCAGRGGAUGAAAGCGAUAAUGCAGAUGAUCAAARCAGUGAUACUGAGAGCACUGAUAGCGAUGAUGACAUAUUGGAUGAGAAACUGGAACACCAUUUGGAAAUGGUGAAGGUGUCUGUGUACAGAGGUGACAUAACCGAAGAAAAGUGUGACGUUAUUGUAAAUGCAGCCAAUGAAAAGCUUGAACAUGGAGGAGGCGUUGCGAGUGCUAUUGCAUUCAAGGGAGGCUCAUCGAUACAAGACGAAUGCGAUAGGAUURUUAAUGCCAAAGGAAAACUUAACGUUGGAGAUGCGGUAAUUUCUCCUUCGGGGUUUUUAAGGUGUAAAAUGAUCAUCCAUGCAGUAGGCCCAAACUGGAAUAUUGACAAAGGAGAGAAAGGCAAAGCGCUGYUAAAGAAAGCAUGUAAAGAAAGCUUGAUUCAGGCCGAGARGUACAGGUUUAAAUCCAUUGCGUUUCCAGCUAUCAGUUCCGGAAUCUUUGGCAUGCCAAARCAUAUAUGUGCACAAGUUAUGUUUGAUGCUGUCGAGGAAUAUAGCAAAAGUGUCCCCUCAACUGGAGAGUAUGGAUUGCGUGACAUACGAUUCGUGAACAAUGACGUCAAGACYGUCAAAGUAUUUAGGAGUGAGUUUAAAGCCAGGUAUGGAAAUGGGAAAGUAAUAGAAAACAAAAGAGAUAGCAUAGAAUCUGGUGAUUUGCCUUAUCUGGUGGGACAUCCAUCCAUUGGUGKAGACAAUUCGUCCAAUAUUUCCCGACCUUGGAAUGGCAGCAACGAAACCACAAUAAAAACUAAAAGUAUUAACACUGAAUUUACUAAACACUCAAAAARUAUAUCCUCUAGCGAAAGCCAUUCAAGGAGUCAAGAGAAUGGCCUGUCCCUCUUGCCUCGUGGUGGAAGACCACUAAAAGAGGACUCUAGUCAAUCCUUGAUUGAUAACAAGGGAAAAGCGAGGCACCAAAAAAAAACUCGGUGUGAAAGACCAGUAAGAGAAGACUCUGGCCAACCCUUGCCUAAUAAGAUGGAAGAAAACUUGCUCCAAAAUCAGCCAAGAAGGGGUAAAAGUCUCCCUGUGAAGUCUAAGGGUGUAGAACCAAGGAACCACUCAGACUCAGGCAAGCAUGGCGUAGUCAAAUCGGAUUUCUUUGGCGGCGGUGCGCGACCAAAGCAAAGUCAAAGUCAGCAUACUGAGCAUCUACUGGCUUAUUCUUCAGUAAUCAAAACGAAACAAGAAGAUGAUGUUCCUAAGUGCUCUAUCUGUCUGAACGAAAUGAAGCAGCCUAAAACAUUACCAAGAUGUAAACAUACGUUUUGUAAAACKUGCUUGGAGACAGCUCUUCAACAAUCUCCUAAGUGUCCGUACUGUAGGGAACCAGUGACAGACAAGCAAAGCAAUCCAACUCGUGGGCAUGGCACAAAUGGUUAUCGUAAUGAUGAUUUCCCAUUUUCUGGAUUAGACAAUUAUGAUGAUCAUKAUGAUGAUGCCACGUUGUGUCUUGUCUGUGCCAAACCAGUCAGACAGGCUCAAAUCCUUUCUUGUAGGCAUACGUAUUGUAAGCCGUGCCUUGAUAGGGCGUUCAGAGAAUAUCCUGCAUGUCCUUGCUGCUCGGAGCUAGAAAGGAACCAACCAAGCACCCAUUCUUGGAAGCAAGAUCCUUAUAAUAAACUAUACAGUUAUCAUCAGGGCUGGAUGGAUAUGGAUUCUUUACGACAAUUUCCUCCUGAUUUUCGUAGAGAGCGACCACGUAGUAAUMGAGGAAAUCGGCCAUCAGAUGCACAAAACUYCGAUGGUUAUCAAGAACAGUUUGGUUUUCCUGACGCUAGCRAAAGAAGAGGACAACCUGGAAGGGGUGCCCAACCAGAUGGUUCAAUGAGAGACCGACGAGAAAUGUUUAGCUUACCAGGAUACGAMGAUUAUGAUACUAUUGUGAUACAAUACUCAUUCAAUAGUGGGCAKCAAGGACCGAAUCAUCCUAAUCCUGGUGUUAGAUACGAAGGCACCAGUCGUUCUGCCUACCUUCCAGAUUGUCACGAGGGAAGAAAAGUGUUGCAGUUGUUGAAGAAAGCUUUUGACGCCGGUCUCCUAUUUAAAAUUGGACGAUCUAUGACCUCAAAGCUUGACAACCAGAUCAUAUGGGCUGAUAUUCCUCAUAAGACUAGUACAAGUGGAGGGCCARUAAAAUAUGGUUAUCCAGACCCAGCAUACCUGUCAGACGYCAAGCAACAGCUUCAAGCAGCCUUGAAAUAUAGAAAAUAGUGAAUUUAUCAGUCAAUUUCGAGUCAAUUGAAAAGUGUUAACACGUGCUGAGUAGGGGCCAAUAUAUUUUUAGUCGUAUGUAAAUUAUGCUUUAGCAAAAAUGAUGUGCAAGUAGUUAUUUGUCCUUCUUAUUUUACCAAUAUCAAGUUCAAUCCUUUGGCUACUAGCAGUGUUAAUGAACACUUAGAUCGAUAUUUUAGUUUAAUUGCUAAUCAUCUUGUAAAGCAUUUACGACAUAGCGCGAUAAUCAAUAUAAGUAUAUCCAUAAUUGACCUGAUUUUGCCCAUCAUUCAAUGUCAAUUAAAUUUCUCUUAAGAAAAAAGAAAAUAACUCAGUGUACUUAUUGCAUUUAACAGUAACUUACCAAAAACAAUAUCGCAAUGUCAUAUACGGCUCAUUCCUUUUAAGUUCUACAUAAUACAUGAAAUUUGUAUGACAUGCCUUUUUAUGUGGCAAGCCUCUAAGCACACUAAGCCAGAAGUUAAAGCAACCAGGUACCAAUUCAACUCAUCCCACUCUCUGUACCAGAUAAUUGCCACCGGAAACCGUACCUACUCCUUCCACACGUAACCAAAGAUAAGUACUCACCUGCUUCACYAACCAGGGGUUCCUCCCCGAUGGCUACACCCCAAGGCUACACAGUAGAUGAAAUAAUCGAUGAAAUUUAGUAUAUUUGGAYUAAAGUUGAUGUCACCAAUAGUGCAAAACUCCGAAUAAAAAUCUGUCUGUCUGUCUGCUCUGACUAACAGACCACUCUAUAUAACAAGAACUCUGCUUUUUUCCCAUUUGUUAAGAAUGGAGCUACUCAAAUAAUAGGAACCGACUUAGCGAUGACCAAAGAUUGUCAAUUCAUAGACUGCGUAGCCCGGCGUUCCUUGUGGGUUUUGGGAGGCUUUUGGGGAGGGUUGGGGAUGAGAGAAGAGGAGAGAGGGAAUAGCCUGCGUACGGCAAUUCAGUAAUAACUGUCUAAUUAUUUUCUUAAUUGGACAGGUGUUGUUGAUAUGGGAUUAAUUAGGCUGCUAYAUAAUUAAUAGGUAAUGGGAUUUCAUGCUCCCCAAUCAAGAAAUAAUUAGACUCGAAAAAUUCCUCUGACUGCCAAAUUGGACUCGGCCUACGGCCUCAUCCAAUUUUGUCAGUCCUCGGAAUUUUCCUCGUCCAAUUAUUUCUUAAUUAUACAGUGAUAUCGUGAUGUAUGCAGAUUGCACAAAGCAUAAUUACCUAAAUAAACAAUUGAAUUAAUGUAGCGUAAUAAAAGUAUUAUUUACAA